AGAAGCACACCUGCAAAAGGGUGGGCGGGGCCUGGGCCUCUUACUGGCUGAGCACCUAGGGCUCUAGGACCCUCUGGACCUGGGGCACAGCCCAGGUUGGGGGAAUCAAGAGUUAAUCAAGGGGGAAUCAAGUUAAUCAAUCAUUAAGUUGAAGGGGAGAUGGGAGUACAACAAAACCCCAUCCUGGGUGACAGAGCAAGAGCCUGUCUCAAAAAAAGUGCACCCCCAAAAUUGUCCUGAGAUGAUCUGUGGUGGGGAGUUUUCUGGGAUGUCACGUCUGUGCCCCUCUGGCUAGGACCCUGGGGUUAUCAGUGACGUUUCUUGCUACACCGGGAGCGCCUGAGGAGGUGAGUCAGCUGCAGCUCCUCAGACCAUCAUUUAACCCUCGGUGCCACGGUGAACGGGAAGGAGACCUUGCCCCCGUCUUAGGGAGAAAAAGAUAGGUUCAGAAUUCGAAUAGCCGAGUCUGGGCAGUGCCUUUUGCGUACUGGGCCUCAGACCUUCCAAGGGCCUGAGACUCCUGUGCAGAGUGGGGGGCUGGACCCAAAGUUUUCUUAGGACCUUCUGAGCCUGAGGAUAAAUUGUCCAGACUCUGUGCUGUGCCUGGUCCAGGAGGCACAGCGUAAGAUUGGGAUGGGGGCUGGGACCGGCCCAGUUGCAUCUGUUCCAAGCCCCAGCUUUUUCCCCUUAGAGAGAGAGCCAAGAAAGCUAGAGCAGGCCCAGCAACACCUGGAUGUGGGCAAAGCCCGGAGACUCUGAGAAGCCGGAAAACCGGGAGGGCAGACUGCUUCGGAGACGGAGGGUGAGCAGGUUGGGGAUCGGGUUCUGGAGUCGAGAGCCGCUCUGAGCCAGCCCCGGGUGGUGGGUGGUGUCCCCAAGGGGCAAAGGGCGCCCACACCAGCUUCUACCCUUUCUACCUCCACCACUAGAGCAGGCCUCCCCCUGGCCUGCUCGGCCUUCCCUGCCCCACCCCUCCCACCCCUGCUCAGAUGGCACAACUCCCCCCAGGCCAGCACCAAGUUCCACAGGGACCCCUCCUACCCUCCUCUCCCCCUCCUCCUGGGAUCCUGCUGUGCCCUCCCCAAGGGCUUGAGGGUGCUUCCCAGUGUGGACUCCAGCUCGGGGAGGGUCCUUGCAGCCUUGGGGACAAUGUAUAGAGGGGACUGCAGGGGCUCCGGCUGCUUCUGUGGCCCCAGUGGCAGGAAUGCCUCCAUUCCUCCAGGCUCCCCCAUCCUCCCCAUUGGUGCCAGGUGACUGGAGAUGAAGGCGGCAGAGUAGGGAUGGGGCGGCUCUUUGGCUCCACCGCCACCCCUCCCAGGCCUGUGCCGCAGAAUCUGGGAGCCUGGGUAGCUAGAGUCCCACGAGUCAGCCACAGUUUUGGACCCCAUCUCUGCUCUCUGCCCUAGGUCUAUUUAUACCAAACACAGUAGUAGGAGGUGGGCAGGGGGCCGAGGCUGUCUGUAUACAGUGACAACAGGUGCUCUGUGUGGGGAAAGAGGCCCGCCCCCAGGCUGACUGUAUUUGUCCAUAAACAGCCUGCUCCAAGCCCCAGGCCAAGGAAGGGGCAAAGGAACCAGCCCCACUGGAGCUCCUGGGCCGCUCUAGAGGGAAGCUCCCGUGCGCAAGCCUCCCUCUCCUGGAAGCGCCACCCUCAGUGUUUGCACAACACGCUAGGUUGUUUUCUGUAAGCUCCAGAGGCCUGGCUAGGCAGCCCUCGGCUGAAGGACAUGUGUCCUGCCUGUGUGUGUGUGUGUGCGGUCAGGCAGAGGAGGGAGGGCAGUGGGCAUCAGAGGCCCAUUUGUGGGCCCCUGCAAGGCUGUCUGUCUGCCUGUCCUGUGCCCUAGAGUGGACAGGCUUCUCCCAUGGGGUCAGGGGAGGGGCCGAGCCCAGGGUUCUCUAGGACUCUGCAUGGCUUAUGGAUCUGGGGCCAGUCUUGAAGCUUGAGAGUGCCCUUCAUUAUCCCUGGGCCUCUUGGAAACAGUAGGGGAGUGGACAUCCAUCCUGUCACUUUGUUUUGCUGUACCCCCAUCACCCCUUCAAGUUAAUGAGUGCUGGGGAGCCCUGGGGACCCAGCUCUUGAUUCCCCUCAACCUGGGCUGUCCCUAUAGGUCCGCAGUGUCCUAGAGCCCUGAGCCAAUAAGAGGCCAGGCCCCUCCCACCCUUUUGCAGGGGUGCUUCUGUGUAUAAAGGUGGAGGCCCCAGCAGUGGGGCCUAGAGGGUGCAGCCCAACCCUACACUGAGCGGCUUCACAGCCGGCUCUGCUCCCUCUCCAAGAUGCUGUUUUGGCACAACCAGCCAGAGCACCUGUGGCCCAGUGCUGGGGAUCUAUACCCUGCACCCCCCAGCAGCCUACUCAGGGAGCCCCCGCCCUUGCCCUACUUGAAGCAGGAGGAGCUGCCCAACAUCCCUGGCCCGGAGCCACCCUGCCCCAUGUUCCAGUAUGUGCUCUGUGCAGCCACCUCACCAGCUGUGAAGCAGCAGGAGGAGACCCUCACCUACCUGAACCAGGGCCAGUCCUAUGAGGUGCGGAUGCUCUGCAGCUCCAAGCUGUGUGAGGCUACCCAGCGUCCCCAGCUGCUGAAGAGUGUGGUGCGGGUGUCGUUUCAUGACCGGCGCCUGCAGUCCACAGAGCAGCAGCAGCUGGCUGAGUGGAGGUGGAGCCGGCCUGGGAAUCGCAUCCUGGACAUCGAUGUGCCACUGUCCCUGGGAGUCAUAGCACCCCAAGUGCUGCCCUCACAGCUCAACACGGUGGAGUUUCACUGGGACCCAACCAAGAGGACAUCACUUUUCCUGCAGGUUCACUGCAUCAGCACAGAGUUCACACCCCGAAAGAAAGGUGGAGAGAAAGGCGUCCCUUUCCGCCUCCUGAUUGACACUUUCAGGCCUAGUGACAAGGGGCUUCCGCCGGACCACCUGCACUCGGCUGGCUGCCUCAUCAAGGUUUUUAAGCCCAAAGGUGCAGACAGGAAACUGAAAAUGGACCGUGAGAAGCUGGAGAAACAGCCCGUGCAUGAGAGGGACAAGUAUCAGACCGCCUGCGAGAACACCGUCUUCUUGGAGUGUUCGCCAUGGCCGGAGUCCCCUGCAAAACCCCUGCCACCUCUCGGCUCUCUGGCUCUGACCGCUCCCUACUCCUGCAGGCUCCUGUCCCCAGAGAGGCUCUGUUCAUCACCACCAAUCGCUCUGGACACCUUGGGGUGUAGCCCCGUUGGGGAGCUGAACCAUAGAGCCUCCAUCUCAGAGACACAGCAGUGGCUAUAUCAGCAUCGGUUCUCCAGCUACUGCCAGAUGCUGGCCAACUUCACUGGCCCGGAUCUGCUGAAGCUUACACGCCAGGACCUUAUCCAGAUCUGCGGGGCUGCUGAUGGGAUCCAUCUUUUCAAUACUCUUAGAGCUAGGUCCAUCCAUCACCGACUGACUUUGUAUGUGGCUCAGGAGGCCUCUAGGCAAGAGAACGAGGUUCCUAAGAACCCUGACUCAGACUUUUAUCAAGAAAUCUCUCUGGAUGAACUCAGUGCUGUAGAGCUGAUGGGGAAACUGGCUGAGCUCCUGGCCCUCCCAGCCAAUCAGAUCCAUCGCCUUUUCCACCAGGGCCCUGGGGGCAUCCUCGUUCUCCUCAGUGACCAGGUGGUCCAGAAUUUUAAGGAUGAAUCAUACUUUGUGGCUGUGGUGAAAAAAGUGCAGAAUCCAGAUGGCUACUACUUGGUUCUGACCUAGGCCCAGGGGAACUCCACUGCUCAAGACUGAUGGCUCCGUUGUCACCAGAAACCUUGUUAAACGCUUGGCUGACUCACCAGGCUCCAGGUGAACCAAACUAUCUUGCAUCUUACCCCUGGGGAGGAGGCAAGUAGCCUCCAGCUUCACUUUUCUUUCUGCUCAGCAGCAAUGGUUGUUGGAAGUCUCCCUUGCCCAUUCAUUCUGAGCUGGCCAAGUUUAUGAGGCAAAAAAACUGGCAUGUUGAAAAACAGCUUUUGCCAUGAGCAGUGUUGGCUGCUGAACACUAAGAGUGUGCUAAUUCAUUUAAAAUUUUUACUU